CCUUCCAUACUUCACUCAACCUUGCCUUUACAAACUCCACAACCAUGAAUCCCUACUUAGAAAACAAUUUUCUUGUGCGGUUGAUGGAAGAAAUGGAAGAGGAAGAAGAAGAGUUGCAGUUGGCGAGGCACAUGGUCAAUAGGAGGCGACGUGCACGCAAUGAGCGUCGUCAUGGUGGUUCGAUUCCAGGGCGUGUUAGGAUUCAUCGUGAUCACAUGAGCGGCGAUGCAAGAAUCCGAGCGGACUACUUUGGAGCGAACCCGGUGUACACGGAUGCUCAAUUUCGUAGGAGGUUCCGCAUGCGUCGCCAUGUGUUUGAGCGCCUUGUUGAUGUUGUGCAACAAGUGGAUCCAUAUUUUAUCCAGCGUCCAAACUGUGCGGGUGAGAUUGGUCUUUCUGCUCUACAGAAAGUUGUUGCUGCUGUUCGAAUCCUUGCUUACGGUAUUCCGGCUGAUGUCGUUGACGAAUACGUACGCAUUGGUGAAUCUACUGCUCAUGAGGCAUUGAAACACUUUUGCAUGGCCGUCCAAACCGCGUUUGCUCUGUAUUAUCUCCGUGCACCAAAUGCAGAAGAUAUCGCACGCCUUCUCCAAGUUGGCGAGUCACGUGGGUUUCCUAGUAUGCUUGGUAGUGUUGAUUGCAUGCAUUGGGAGUGGCGUAACUGUCCAAGUUCAUGGAAGGGCAUGUUUACAGGGCGUGGUAAACAUCCUACCAUGAUCUUGGAAGCUGUUGCGUCGUAUGACCUGUGGAUAUGGCAUGCAUAUUUUGGUCUGCUAGGUAGUUGCAACGACAUAAACGUUCUUCACCGUUCAAACCUUUUCGAAAGGCAUCUGAGCGGUGACACACCUCGAGUUUCAUUCACUGUGAAUGGUCACACAUACAAUAUGGGAUAUUACCUAGCAGACGAGAUUUACCGUGACUGGCCCGCAUUUGUGAAGACAAUCCGUAACCCCUACGACGUUAGAACCCAACACUUUGCAACAAUUCAAGAGUCUGCUCGCAAAGAUAUUGAACGAGCUUUCGGUGUACUCCAGAAGAGAUGGGGUGUAAUGGAAGAGCGCAACGACUUCGUCAAUCAAAGGUACAACCAACUGAAAGACCGCAACAAAUAUACUCAGCUUCAGGUUGAUCUGAUACACCAUCACUGGGCGCGACAUGGAUCCGGAGUUGCAUAGGAAGCAAUGAAACAAGUUGUGUCAUGUCUGUUCUUAUCUACUAUCGAACUGUUAUUGUGUUGACAUGUUUAGUUUACAUUGUUGUACUGUCUGUCGUAGUGUCAUGUCUGUUCUUAUCAACUGUGUGUACUGUUAGUGUCUCAUG